CUUUUCUUUUUUUUUUUUUAUGAGUACAAAUUCUGGACCGCUGUCACGUGCGUUUGCGAUCCUAAACUCCGCCCACCCUCCUUCAUUGACCAAUGUGAGCGCGGGAUUUUUAGCUUCUGUCCGUCACACACUUCCGGGUGGGUUUGUUGUAUUUUUCUGCAUCGACCAUGGCUGCAGAGAGCGACUUUUUGGCGAGAUACCGCGUCGUUUCAAAUAAACUGAAAAAGUAAGACACGUUUUGAUGCAUCGUCUGAAGUAGGAACAUGAUUAGUUUUCAGAGUCAUCCUGUUGUUUGGUCAUAAACGUUUUAGAUCAGCUCAACAGCUUGCUAUAAGCUAAGCUAGGCUAACUGUUAGCUUGCAGCUGGUGACACAUUCGUACCCCAACAAACCUUCAUGAGGAUGAUAGGAGAUGCUUCUUAUAGUGGUGGGGGUUUGAUUUAUUAUCAUUAAACGUAUGAACAGAUGUGUCGUGUUUUUUAACAGCUGCUGAUAGGGUAAAUUUACCCUAUAACUCUAAACAAACGGAGUCCUUUGGCGUUUAAAUGAAGUAGAAACAUUGAAAAAAAAUGUUUCUUUCCUCAGACGAUUUCUCCGAAAGCCAAAUGUUGCAGAGGCGAGUGAGCAGUUUGGUAAGUGACAACUCUGUUUAACCACAAAUUAUCUGUAAAAAAAUUCAAACAUCACAAAAUAAUAGUGACCCCUGUCUUCCUACUCUUUUUUUCAUGAUCAAGACUAGAAGUUGUGUGUUAUGAUGUAAAUUGUUAUGAUGUAGUUUGUUACACAGUCUGUUUCUUGCUCCUCACCUCUUUCAGGUCAGCUGGCUAAGGAGCUGAGGCAGCAGGACUGUCUUCAGUAUGCUGCUUUCUGUAACCUCGCCAUGGCGCGGUGAGUCCACUGCUCCAAGACAAGAGACGCUCUGUGUCCACCUUUGUCGAUAUUAGUUUUAUUUUUGACCUUUUAUAUUAGAGUUUUCACAAUAAAUACCAGAAUUUUCUUCUCCAUAUGAUUUCUACGGUGGCCAAGAAAAAAAAAAAAAAAAAAAAAAUCACAACAGAAGUUACUGAUGCAAAGAAACCGAAGCCAGCUACAAGUAAAAAAUAAUAAUAAUAAAAAAUAACUUACUGCAAAAAUAAAAUGAUGCAUAUUAAUAAAGCCACAACGGAAGUGGGCUGCCGGGGACCAAUAAUGAUGAUGCACCGGUGUUUUACGAUCUAGGCACAUAAGAAGUUAGUGGAAAGGUUAUUGUUUAAUUUCGCUUUGUGUGCUUUUCAAUGUGUCAUUUGGUUAGGCCAUGAAGAGCUUGAGUCGAUAUUAAGUUGAACUGGAGGAUGCUGGUGUAGUGUAAACUUCAGUUCAACUUCAUAUCGACUCAGGCUUUUCAUGGCCUAACCAAAUGAAACAUUAAAAAGCACACAAAGCGAAAUUAAACAAUAGGCUGUACACUUACUUCUUUGCUUGUCUUCUCGCCGUCGUCCUCUGUGCCUAGAUCAUAAAACACCGGUGCAUCAUCAUUAUUGGUCCCCUGCAGCUCACUUCCAUUGUGCCUUUUUUUUUGCAUCCUUUUAUUUUCAAAGUAAGAUAUUUAAAAAAUUUUUAUUGCCAUUUUUUUUUUGCAUCGCCAAUUUUCUUGAGGUCGUUAACUUCCAUUGUGGCUUUUAAAAAAGUCUUUAUCCACUCCGUUCCUUUUUUUAUUUGCAGCAGGCUUCGGUUUCUUUUUUUUCUUUGCAUUAGUAACUACCGUUGUGACUUCUUUUUUUUGCAUUCUUUUUUAUUUGCAGCAGUGGCAGUUCUCAGCCACCGUAGAUACCAGUAAAAAAAUGGUAUUCUGUUUGAUACCACUGCAACAAAAUAGUUACUACAACAAAGUGUCAGUAUUUACCAACUUACAAAUGAGGAAAUUUACUGAUUGUGGCUGUGGUGGUGGGCAUAGCAGAGACACACAGUCGACUCAGUUGGAAUGUAUAAUUGUAUCAUUUUCAAAAUAUCAAAUUAUUUGUACUAUUAAACCAUUACGCUGCAAUAUGAUGUCAUCCUAAUGCACAUGAAGAGAUGUUUUCCCCAGUUUGGUUUUUAAGUGUUUUACCAGCUUGCACGACCAUGUGUAGUUAUUCUUCUCUCAUACAUUAACCACCACAUUGAGAUAGAAGUGUUGACAAUUAUCUCAGUGGGAGUCUGCAUCUGUCUUGAAGAUGCACCUGUUGUUGUUACACAUCCUGACUAUCUUGACUGCAGGUGUGAGCAGACUCUUUUUAAUGCCCCUGGAGAGGCUCUGGCAUUAACCGACGCUGCCCGCCUUUUCCUCACAUCUGAGAAGGAGAACAGGGCGCUGCAGGCUCCCGGGUUUGAUGAGCACCUUCAGGCUGCACUCAACUGCUACAGCUUCGCCAUCAAGGUAAACCGUGAAUCCAAGCUGGUGACAGUUUUAGCACUUGAAGCAACAGCUGUGCAGUGAGAAUUUCUCAGAAAUGAAAGCAGAAGUAGUUUGUGGUAUUUGUCUUGUGUUUGCAAGUAUUAUGAAAUAUGGACUAAAUGAAGGAAUUUGUUUGCACUAAAAAGACAGUAAGAAUAUGUUGAUGUGGCUCACAGGUGUACAUCGAGAUGAACCAGCCUGUGAUGGCAGCCAGCUUAUGUCUAGAACUUGGCAAUGCACUCAAGGUAAAACUCAGCCUGUCCUAAUAGAAUUCUUGAUGUUUGUUUAUUAUUUUGUUAAUCUUGGUCAAAAAUAUUGAAAUGAUUUGAAAUGUUGAUCUGAACCAUACUUAACAAACAAAUCCUGUCAGACAUCCUUUACUUUCAGGGGUUGCAGUUGCUUGGAUAGUUUCAACAUAAGACAGUCUGAGUAAACAUACUACAUCACAAGCAUACAGUUUGCUAUUACAAUAUUCAAAGGGACCUUGGGAUUUAAAUCAUACAUGAAUACUGGAGUCAGAUCAAUGGGCAAUCACCAGGUAUAAGCCAUGCAAAUACAAACUGAUACUAUAUGUAGAGCAUGUUAACAUGUGAGAGUAGGGCUGAGCAAUAAAACGAUAACAAUAUGUAUCAAAAAUUAAUUUCCCUCAAUAGCAGUAUAUAACAUGGUCAAUAAGCUUUUUGAUAGACCGUAUUCUGCCAUGUUUUGCUAGUGUGGAGGUAUUUUGUUUUUCUGAGGUCGGACAUGAAGCAGAGUAACGUGCACUUCAAAUUAUGUCAAGUAUUAUGCAUUGCAAAAGACAUGUUACCAAUAAGCACUGUUAAAUUUCAUUUUUUUAUAUCGUGAUAUCGAUAUUGGCUGAUAUGAAAAAAGUAUAUUUUGAUAAACUUUUUCCCAUGUUGCCCAGCCCUGUGUGAGAGACUAAGCAGCAUUGAACUGCUCCUGCACACAUGGUUGUGGUUUUGAUCUAAGCUUAGACAGUGGUGGCUAGGAAUCUUCUUCAUCACCUGUAAUUAUAAUGCUGGGGGAUUUCAAUGAUCUACACCUCUCCUCCAUAGCAUAAAGGGUUUUGUUAAUCCAGCCAUUACAGCUGCUGAAAAUGCACCAGUUCUCAGUAAAAUCAUGAAUAUGCCUCUGAUAUUAUUCAGUGGAUUAGUGAGACAAAUUUCUGUGUUCUUUAGAGAAAUCUAUGCCAUCAGAAGCAGCCCACAGCUACUUGUUUUAUAAGACUGGGACUCUCUUGUGGCUUAAAUGGAAGCGGGUCGACACAAUAAAUCAUAUACAAACUUUUCCUUAACCUUUAUCUGUGGAUUCAUCUGAACUCUUCCUGUUGUAUCAAUAGGAGAUGAACAGACCAGGAGAGGCUAUUAUUCACUACCAGAGGGCUGCAGAGUUACAGACACAGACUCCAAUCGAAGCUCUUUUGUCAAUGGGAGAAAUGGCGACAUGUAAAAUUCUCACCCGUGAGUCCUAUCUGUUCAUACAAGCUUGUGUUUCGUGUAUGUGUAUGGUAUUGCAUGAUCCUCUCUGGUCCCAGCUCGUCUUUCGUGUUUUUUCACAGGUGACUAUGACGGUGCUUUGUCAGUGUUCACGGAGAUGCAGCUGAUGUGUCAGGAGAGAGGACUGCAGCUUCCAGGCACCAGCACACCUGUUGGUGAGGCUUUGUAUUUACUGAGAGGCUUUAUAUGCUUUUUAUAAUGAAGUGUAUGAAUGGAUCUGUGGAGGUAAAGCAAAAAUGAUGCAAUUCAGAGAAAAGUUGAAUGUUAAAACACAAUGAAGACAUGCAGUUCAAGUUAUUCUGUCUCGUUUUAUCGAGAAUUUUUAUACGAUUAACUGAUUGAGAAACUGGAACAAUGAACUUCCUUAUACUCUAGACUGUCCUUUAAUUUUCUCAAAUAGGUGCCUUUCUGGACAUCGUGGCAAGAUGUGAGAUCUCAAGGGUACUGCUGCUGAUGCUGCUCGAGGUAAGACCAGUUCUCACAAAAAAAAAACAAAACACAUCUUUAUCACAUUUUUUUUCAAAAUGGAAAUUUUUCAAAUCUAACACUGAAGAAAAACUACUUUAAGUUUGAGUGACAAAACUAGGAAUGAAAAUAAUAAAAUUGGUUUCCCAGUUGGCAAAAUUUUUCAGUAAGAGAAAAAUUGUUAAACCAAAGUAAAAAAAGAUUUGCUUUGUUAUAGACACUAUCAUUGCCCAGCUUUCUUGCUUAUCCCAGGGCUGUAUUCCACAGUAAAAUUAAUUUAGGGUCAAACACACCGUAACACCGAGUUAGACACCCCCUCGAGAGAUGAAUGUUGCUGACUGCUUGCUUCUCUAGUUAUACUAACUUUAGUAACAACCGCAGGAUAGCAAAACACAGCAGUCUGAGGAGCCAUAAACAAACCUCAACCAAAGAGACUAAACACAACUCACUUACUCUCUUCCAGCGUUUGACCCUAAAUUAAUUUUACGGCGGAAUAUCCCUUUAAUUAUGCUACAGGGCUGUUGGAAGUCUAAUUUCUAUAACUACCCAUACACCAUGCAUCACCCCAUUUUAAAUACAUGUACAGGGCAGUAUUAGCAAACAGCUAUGACAUACUGCUUUGUCCUUGGGGCUCACCAAGAAAGGCAGGAAACACAACAUAUACUAGAGGGUAAAAGUUUACUCUUAGUGAAAUAGUUUUCUGAUUGUUUGCAACAAAUCAGAUUUUUUUAUUUUUUUUUUAUCUAAAUAGGAAGUUUGGCAGCAUUUCAUGGACACUUGUGAUAAAACAAUGUUUCCUAUGCAAAGUAUUUUUACCAUAGAUACUAAGCAACAUGAACACCUUCCAGUUUUUCAGCACAGAACAGCCAGUAACGGGCCAUAAAAGUCAAUAUGCCACAAAGCAGAGCAGUUGCAUUCAAAGACGGAAACACCUCCACACCAGCAGUGCAGCAGAAAAUAUUGCGUUCCCGUUGCCAAGAGUAUUGAUAUUUCCUCUGACUUACUGGUGCAGCAGCGCUUUAAUGGUCCAUUCUCACUGAUUUCCUGUACAGCCUCCGCCUCAGAAGUUGCUACCUGAACAUGCCCAGACCCUGGAGAGAUAUGCAUGGGAGUCCUUUGACCCUCACAGCCAAGGUAAAGCAUUUAAGUGCAGAGCUUUUUCAAAAGGAAGCAUUUAUGAAUCACGACUUCUCACCGGUCAUGUAGAUAUUGUGUUAUGAAUCCUUUGAGUGCUGUUUAUUUGAAGUGGAGUAAUCUUGGCUCUGGUCCUCUCCUUCAGUGACCUUCCUGCCUGAGAAUGUUUUCCUGCUCCUGCAGUCAGUCGUGGUGAGUUUCAUUACCCACAUACUUGUGCGGCUCACAGGAUUUCCUGAUCCUUCCUGCCUCAUACAGGAAAGUGAUGGUCCUCGCAGCCUUCACAAAACUUUGAUUAACGUGUUGGAGUCUGUCUCUCUUUGCCAAUGGAUUUUAUCUUCUGUUUGUAGUUGUGUGAGUUUCCACUCAAUUAAACCUGCCUGUAAUGAUAUUAUAUUUCGGUUGUUUGUUGUUUAUGUGUGACUUUCAGAAUGUUUAAUACAAAAACAAAAAUCUAAAGCAGCUUGUUUGGGAUGACGAGGCUUCAGUCAUAAGAAAAUAAGACUCUUAAAAGUUGCCACGCUCAUCUGAAUCCUCUGUUAUGGUUUUAUGUGUGCGCGCUUUAUAACAGCAAAUCUGUUUUGCAGAUGGCGUGUCAGGAGAAAGACACAGAGUCCCUCAAGUCUCUCCAGACUGAGCUAUGGUGAGCAUCCAAAUAUGUGAAUUCUCAUCAUGUGUUGGAGAUUGAACAGCUCUUUUAUUGCUUCUCAAUGCCGACUCUCCAUAUUGAUUGUUUCUGAUUUUCUUCCCCUCAGGCCUUUUCUGACUGCAGAGCAGAAUCAUCUUCUCCACCUUGUGGUCCAAGAGCGCAUCACACCAUCUGGACAAGGCAUCUAGUACAGUCCAGUUUUUACUCACUUCCUCUGGGAGCGAUACUUUAUAUAACGGAACAUUCCUGUUUCUGACGGGGUCUGUUUUAAGGCCCGAAGACGUGUUGUUUUCAAAAACUCUGUGUUGUAGCUUACACUCAGAAUCACGAGAUAAAUUUACCUCUCAUAAGGCAUUAAUGUAUAGAUAGAGAAAUAUUUGAAUAGAUCUGUGAACGUCUAGAUUGUCUUUUAAAUUAAAACGUUGUGUGCUAUCUAAGUGAAAAUGACAGCACCUUUCCUGCUCAGUCCCACAGUGACUGUCGUGGAUUUAGUUGAUCGUGCUGCAGUCAAGACACAAAGAUUGAUACAUUUGUUUUAUUUAUAAAUGAUAUGGCUUAAAUUCCAAUGUAACUAACAAACAAACAUAACCUUCUAUUGCAUAGUUGUAAAAUAUAGUGACAUGAAACACCAUAGUCCUCCAUCCCUGGUUCACUUUAGAUUGACUUGUACAAACAGCAUGUACUUUUCUUGUGAUAGCAGCCAACUACAGACAUAAAAUCAAACAUGGUUGAAAAAAACACUCAAUACAAAAUGUUACAAAAAUAUAAUGGUUAAAAUAUACAUAGAAUAACAAAGGAUACACUAGUCUUCAGUUGUAAAAUAUGAUAACUGAUUAAAACUACCUGUACUGAAAAUAAAGACUUGUCUUUUCUGAUUGUUCAAGUACUACAACAGAGACGCUGUACCUUUUUAAGCUACAGCGUUUUCUCAAAUCUUCAACUACGGACACCUGCAGUAGUAACUGUCAGCCGAAAACAUGAUUUAAAAAAAAAACAGGAUCCUGAUACUUAAAUCUUGGAGCACAUGUGCUGAAAAUAAUCUCUCAAACUGGCCCUUUCUUCUAUGGUCAUCUCUGUUCAAAUCUUUAGAGGCAGCCUCGACAAAGUUUGGUUUUGUCUUUUUUUCUUCCCAAGAUUGUAAGGAUAUUUUUUUUUUUUUAGAAAACACACAUUUACACAUACAGUGAGCAUUUGCACCUUCAACCUGCGGAUUAGUUCACUAAAGCUUUUACGCAAAGACGGGAAACAUUUUGGCUUGCAGUAUGAAAAAGUAGCUAAUUUGACUUCAACAGCCCAUUUGCAAAGAAAUAUGAAGCAAAUUUCCCUGAAAAUUCACUUUUUUGUCAUUUUGAGGAAAAGUAACCUGCUAAAUAAAAUACUUAAAUGAC